CACCUCCCCUUCCCACGCACCAGAAAGCUAUUUUUUACACCCCACAAGUAUCCUACCAUUAAAGAAAAAACUUUUUCUCUCUUUCACCGGAGAGAAGAAAAUCCCUCCAAAGAAACUCCAACAAACAGUCAGAGAGUCCUCACGGCGCAAAAGAAGAUGGCCCAGAAGUCGCUGAAUGUGGUGGCGUCUAAGGAGCUUUCUGGAAGCCGUUUUCUUCCAUCAAAACAUUGGGAAAUAAGAGGAAAUCUUUCGGUCAGGUUGCAGGGGACCGUUGGAGAGACACCGUCACGUGACCCCCGGUACCAAAUGGUCUUCCGGCAGUGGUUUUCAACAAGGACCGGAGCACAAGCAGACGCCGCCACUUCUCUCAGAAAUGCAGAAGACAACAUACUACGACAACUCCUCGACGCUCUUCGGUGGCUACUCGUCCUACCAGGUGCAAGGGGCGGCAGCGGCAGCGGCAGCAGCCGCCAACGGCUUUGGGGGCUACGAUGCCCCGGUCCCAGUGUCCCACCACCAGCCAGCCUUCCAGUCGACGACCCAUCUGGAUGUGGACUCGUACCAGCGCUCGGCCUGCUCUUUACAGUCGCUGGGCAGUAACAGCGGCCACCAGCAGCAGCAGCAGCAGCUAACCAAGACCAAGGAGCUGAAUGGCAGUUGCAUGCGGCCCAGUUUGCCACCUGAGCACCACCCCGGCUCCCAGGUGUCCCCUCCACUGCCCCCAAACCCCAACAACGGUAAUACAGGGGCUCAGCAGCCGGGGGGCAGUAAUGGGGCCUCCUCAGCCUCUAAAUCAGUCCCCAAUAAGUCGUCUAAUUCCUCCUCCUCCACAUCGUCCUCCUCCUCCUCACUGCCCCCCAACCCGACCUUGGCCAAGCAGAUCUUUCCCUGGAUGAAAGAGUGUCGUCAGACGACCAAGCAGAAAAACUGUUCACCCAGCAACAACUCUGGCAAUGCAUCAGGAGGAGCUGAGAGCGGUAGCAGCGGGGAGAAGAGUCCUACCAGUGGGUCGUCAGCAUCAUCUAAGCGGGCUCGUACGGCGUACACCAGCGCCCAACUGGUUGAGCUGGAGAAGGAGUUCCACUUCAAUCGGUACCUGUGCCGGCCACGGCGCGUGGAGAUGGCCAACCUGCUCAACCUGUCUGAACGCCAGAUCAAGAUCUGGUUCCAGAACCGACGCAUGAAGUACAAGAAGGACCAGAAGUCCAAGGGCUUGAGCUCCAGCUCUGGAGGGCCCUCACCAACCGGCUCCCCGCCCCUGCCCAUGCAGUCUUCCGCCAGUUUCCUCAACUCAAUACACCCCAUGGGAGGGGGAGGAGGGGGAGGGGGGGCAGGCUACGAUGCCCCGUCUCCGCCAACAUUUGGCAAGCCCCACCAGGGAGUGUCUUACUCCAUGUCCACUGCCUACUCCAGUGUCCCCAUGAAGGGCUGCCCCUCCCAGCAGAAAUACGGCGCCCCAGACCCAGACUACGGUGACCCCCAUCCCCACCAUAGCCUUGUGCAGGCCAAUAGUGCCGGCUACGGGACUCCCACCAACAUGCAAGCCAGUCCAGUCUACGUGGGGGGUGGAAGUUAUGUGGAACCCAUGCCUGGCUCAGGGCCCUCAAUUUAUGGGCUAAACCACCUUGGCCCCACGCCACCCCACCACCAAACAAUGGACUACAAUGGCGCAGGGCCCAUGUCGGCCACCAACCAGCACCACGUGGGCGGAGGGGGCCCCCAGGGUACCUGUGACCCACCCACACACCCGACAUACACUGAGCUGUCAGCGCACCACACCUCGACUCAGGGCAGAAUCCAGGAAGCACCCAAGCUCACUCACCUGUAGCAGGUUUGGAACAAAAUGACAACGUAGGAAAUAGUGAAGACGACACAGAACAAGUGACGAGACUCUCUAGCAGACUAACUAUAGCAGACUAACUAACUAGCAGACUAACUAAGACGUGGGGACUCUACCGCUGCAAUGGGACGGGAGGAGAGAAAAGGCAAGACAGACAGGAGCCAUCCAGUGGUUUGUCCUGUGUUCUACAGUCAGAAAGGAAAACAAUCAGUGAGUGGUUUUGGCCAUUCCCACCCUGUUUCCACUGCCUUCAUAAAGAGCUCCUUCAAGUCUGAUUAGGGCCAGAGCAUUCACUGUUAGGUUGAAAGUGCAGUUAAUUUAAUUUAAAAAACACAGAGGUUGUGUCUGUAAGCUAGUAGCAGUAACGCACCCAAACCAUAACCAUUCACGUUGUCAAAAAAAAUACACAUCCUGCAAUAUAAAAGUAGUUAAAUCAGUUGUAGCUGCCAAAAUUUUCAAAGAAUCUUUUAGGCUAGGACCAAACUCACUAACUUACUCUAUACUGCUUUAACCUUACAUCGUUAUAUGGGAAAUGAAGUGACAUAAAUUUUGAACCAUUUAACAGUACAUUAUCACUUUUUAAACUUUCCAUUUGAAAAACAGCUAGUUUUAAGACACUAUUUCAAAACUGAUUACUGUCAUUUCAGAACUCUUCAUUCAUUUCACCAAUGUUUACAAAUUUUACAUGAACCCUUUUGUGGAAAUUUACACUCUACACUCUACUCUGAAUGUAUGUCUUGGUCCUAGGGCAGUGAAUCAUAUUGUAGGCUUGGAGAUGAGGUGUACAGUCAAUUGUCCCCCCUGGGAACAAUAAAGCUCCUCUUGUGGCACUGGUGCAGAGACAUAUCACCAGCUGUAUGGCAUAACAUCAUGUAUGGGGAGCUGCACUGUUUAGUCAGUAUUUGUUAGCCUAAUAAUCUACUCCACAGUCAGUCUGAAAACUGCAAUAUGAAUUACUGUAAUCAAACAAAGCUGAUGUUAGAAGAUGAGAUUUCAGCUUUUCAUCAAAAUAUUUCUCAAGAAAUAUCUAGAAUGAAAGAAAGAUCUGUCUAUAUAAUGUAUUAUAUUUAAGUUACUAAGCAAAGCAAUUGCAGCAUAAUUCUCUACUUUUGACAAAAUCCUUCCUCCAUGGACUUCUAAUGCAUUACUGAACUUUCCCAAACAAUUCUUGCUUGAAUGGAGCAAAUUGCUGAAGUGGUUCAGUUAGCAUGUAGUAAAAAAGCUGAUAAUGGCUCUGUUAGAGCUAGUAUGUGUUUUCAAAGUGUACUUUGAUAAUAAAAUCUCUCCCCUAAGACAAACACAUACACAAACAGCUCUACGCCUGGUAAAUGAAAUAGUUGAGAUUUUAAUGGUCAGUUAACGAGGUGGUUAGAUUUAUGACGCUGAGCUCUCUACCCCUCCAGGCAACACAUGUUGUUGUCAGCUGAGCUGAGCUAUGCGGAGGGCUCUGCCUCUCCAUCAGCCAGCCGGAGCUGGCAGCACUUGUCUUCUUCUAUUUCCCCCCCGUUCCACAACGCACAUAAAAACCACUGGAUGGUCCUCCUUUUGCUGCCUCUUUUUCCUCUGUCGUACCUGUCUCUGUCCCUCCAGACUGAAUCACAAGUAACUCGCUGUCUCCUGUCUGUGGCAGCAGCACAUGGUUUCUGAAGGAGUCAAAAUUUUCCACAAUCCCACACUGACUGUCCUCCCACACAUACAUCCAUCACCACACAUGCACUCACCAACGCUCCCAUCCCUCUAACAGGGUUUAUGAAGCUACGAGCUCAAAGGCUAAACUAGCUCCCAUAGACAUAGUUUGCUAAGCUACGUUAGCUAAUCACACCUUCAUAAACACAAACGCACACACACACACACACACACACAGCAAUGCUAAGCUAGCUUCCUUUCGUUGACAUCCAUAGCCAGGUUAUGCCAGCUGUUGACAUCUUCAAACAAACACACCAGAGGACAUGGAGGAGAGAUUUUUAAUGUUCCUAUUUUAGCACAUCAUCGACACAGGGUAAAUAAUAAGAGUGGAGAACACUAUUUAUUUAUGUUUGGGUAAGUCAUUGCCCUCCUCUCUCUCUCUCUCUCUCUCUCUCUCUCUCUCUCUCUCUCUCUCUCUCUCUUUCUUUCUCUCUCAUUGAAAGGGUUCACUUACAUUAGCGCCAUACCAAUGCGUAAAAAAACACAUUUUAUAUUGUUUUGUUUUGUUCUCACAUAUCUUGACUUUUAACGUGGAUACAGGGUAUAUAUUUGAACAAAAAUGCAUGCCCCAGAAAUCUCAGCUAGUGUGUAUCACACAUUUUUAAAACAACUGAGUUUAUUGAUUUGAACAGUCAGUGAGAGCAGUUUGGGACAAAACACACUAAAACCCUUACAGACUGUUUCACCCAGUGUUAAAAACUGAAAAAAAAGCUGUGUGUGGUUGUCCCUCACUCUGUCCCUCACUGAUGUUCUGUAAGUAAACCGGUGUUUUUCAAAAUGCAGAUUCAUACAAAUGCUUUCACAUCUGGGCAUCAUUGUUGCACUUAGAGUUUACAUUUUGAUGGUUAAAGGUAAAAAAUAAUAAUAAUAAAAUCUUAUUUUGAAGACGGAAGGCCCUCCAAUCAAAGCGUCUUUCGGCAAUGUGUGUUCAAGUGAACAUUCAUAUCUAAAUAUUUAUUUGUUAUAGCCAGUUUAAAAAGAUUUUCUGUUUUGUAUUAUUAUUUAUCCUUCAUGUAUUUAUAUCGAAAAAAUACUGUACUUUUUUAGUAUUUACCUGUUAUGAAAGAAAAAAAACAACAUUGUGUUUCUUCUUGUCCAUUGUACUGAAGUUAAUUUUUUUAGUUCUUGUAUUUUAGAAGAAAAUAAGUAGUUUUUAUGUUCCUAUAAUGACCCUUGUACAUAAAUGUCUUGGCUUGUACAAGGAAAAAGGCAAGGAUGGGGAUUGGUGACCCACCCUUGCAUAGUCAGAAAAGUUAGACAAACUCUUAGCUGGAAAAAAGAAUGAGUCUUUUUGGAGAAAAACAACUUCUUUCUUUGUCAUUUGUAGCUCUCUUUUCUUUCAUUGUUGAGAGAGUUGUCUGUCGAACAAUUCUUUAA